AUGCAGAGGAGAGUUCCACGUCAAUCUGGUGAAACGAAUAGUGAUGAUCCAAUUAAUAAUCCUGUUGUUUCUUACAAAGUAAAUACAUACUUUGUUAUUAUUGAUAAAGUUUUAACCGAACUAAAAAAAAGGUUAACAGAAAAAGAUAACACCAUAGAUAUUGCAAAAGAUUUGGCAUUAAUAUCCCCAAAGCUUAUUUAUGCUAUGAGAAAAGAACUAAGUAUUCCCUCCGAUGCGUUUUCUUCUAUUUGUGAGAAUUACAAACGGUUCCUCAAUAAAGAUGACAUUUUACGAGAGUAUAUUCAGUUCAUUAAGUCUAAUAUUGAAAUAACUGUUUCUGAAAAAUUACCUGAUUUUCUCCAUACUACAAACUCAUCAUUUGAAGAAGAAUCUAGUUGUGACGAAUCAAAUCAAGAUGAAAAUGAAACUGACAACGAAUUGACAACUAACACAAUUCAGUAUUCAGGAAGUCUUUUAAUAAUGUAUAAAUUCUUUUCACUUAAAAGCUUGAAAGGUAUCUUUCCAAAUUUGUAUCAAGUAAUACAAAUUGGUGUAACCUUACCAAUAUCAACCGCUUCUACAGAGAGAUCUUUUUUAAAACUAAAGAUAGUUAAAACCAGACUUAGGUCAACAAUGACUCAAAAUAGGCUUGAAGAUCUCUUAAUUAUAUCAUGUGAAUCAGAUAUUAGUGUACAGACAGAAAAUGUUGUUAAUAAUUUUGCUAAAAGGUCAUCUUUAUUAUCUAAAGCUUUAUCAUUAUAA